CCGAAACCUUCGCCGCGGUCCAUUCUGCUCCAUCGCCAUGUGACCCUCUGAAAACUGCUCUAAUUUAUUUAAUUUUUAAUAAUCCACCUUGAAUACACUAGUACUGAACCUACUUUUUUUUUUUUUUUUUGAAACCACAAGAAACUAAUAUUAAAAACAGAGUUUUCACAUUAUUAUAACUCGGUCCAAACUUGUCUUCUGAUAUUUUCUUCCUCUUCGAACGCUUGUUCUUUAUUUUUAUUUUUAAAAUUCGGUACCUAAAAACGAAACCCCAACAAACCCCGAAAAUCUCCAAUCCAUUUUACUUAGUUUUCACUUAAUCCCCAUACCAAGAACCGAAAGCCCUUCUACAACUACUGCUACUUUUACCAAUAUCUUAUUCUUCUUGUUAUCAUUAUGUCAUAGCUUCAAUCUUUUUAAAUGAGACACUAAGAGAUGUUCGAGCAAAUAAAAAGACCCCAAAAGAUUAACAACAGGGGUUUUUAUGUUAAGAUGAAACUCUUUCAUCACCACCAUAAACAUGGAAGAACAAAAGAAAAGAUCAACUCUUGCUGUUUCUUCAGAUACUACAAAUGGCUUCUAUGGCUCUCUUUGACCCUUUACUUCUUUAGCUCUUAUCUCAUCACCAACAACAAAAACAACCCUUCUGAUAAUAGUAAUAGCAAUAUCAUUAAUAAUAAACUCUCCUCUCUGUCCAAAACCCAUGUCUUCUCUUCUAAAUCCACCAUAGUCGCCUCUCGAGCGCUCAUAGAGCUCACCGAUAACGAUUCACUUAAGCCUCAUAACGUCAACAGCAACAAUGAGGUAUUGAGAAAUUUAAAGAUUUACGUCUACGACUUGCCUCCAAAUUUCAACGCCGACUGGCUCUCCAACGAGCGCUGUAGCAACCACUUGUUCGCCUCUGAGGUCGCCAUACACAGAGCUCUAUUGACCAGCGAUGUACGGACGUUUGACCCUUAUGAGGCUGACUUCUUCUUUGUCCCUGUUUACGUUUCCUGCAACUUCAGCACCGUUAAUGGCUUCCCGGCCAUUGGACACGCCCGCUCUCUCAUUUCUUCCGCCAUCAACGCCCUCUCAUCCGAAUACCCGUUCUGGAACCGCUCUGGGGGUUCUGACCACGUCUUCGUCGCCUCUCACGACUUCGGCUCGUGCUUUCACACCAUGGAGAACGUGGCGAUUGCGGAUGGAGUACCGGCGUUCUUGAAAAACUCCAUAAUUUUGCAGACAUUUGGCGUGACGAACCACCACCCUUGUCAAGACGUGGAGAAUGUGGUGAUUCCGCCGUUUGUGUCGCCGGAGAGUAUACGGAGAACACUCGAUAAAGCGCCGGCUAACGGCCGCCGUGACAUCUUUGCCUUUUUUAGGGGAAAAAUGGAAGUUAAUCCCAAAAACGUUAGCGGGCGUUAUUACAGCAAAAAGGUAAGGACGGCGAUUUGGAGAAAAUUUGGUAAUGACCGGAGAUUUUACCUACAAAGGCAUCGGUUUGCCGGUUACCAGUCAGAGAUUGUACGGUCUGUCUUCUGCCUGUGCCCAUUGGGGUGGGCCCCAUGGAGCCCGAGGCUUGUGGAAUCGGUCGUAUUGGGUUGCGUGCCGGUAAUAAUCGCCGAUAACAUUCGACUGCCGUUUCCUGAGGCGGUCCGCUGGCCGGAGAUAUCGUUAACGGUGGCGGAAAAGGACGUGGGUAAGCUUGGAAGGAUUCUCGAACACGUGGCCGCGACCAACAUCUCCGCCAUACAGAAGAACCUCAUGGACCCCUCGGUCAGGCGGGCCCUUCUGUUCAGUACUCCUAUCGAACCAGGGGACGCCACGUGGCAAGUUCUAUCCUCUUUGGCGACAAUGCUGGACCGGUCCCACCAUCGAAGUGUGGCUUCGUCCCAAUGAGGUUCGGCCAAGUCUGUGUUGGUGGGCCCAUGUUUUGGCAUGGGAUGGUGAAAAGACCAUUGGGGAAUGGAGAACAGCUGGAUUUUACUUGGACUGCUCGUUUAGGUCAUGGGAAGACAGAAUUGUUUAUGGCAGGUUGGGGGGUAUAGUGGGGCCCGGCGGUGCAGCCAUUUAAAAGAUUUUUCCUUUGGUUAAGAACAUGUGAGCCCUAGCUGAGUUGGCGCAUUCUUGUUGGCUGCUUUUGCGGUGGCUUCAUCGAAUAUUAAUCAUUGUAUAUCUAUCUAUAUACACACAUCUGUAACAUGUACAUGUGGUAGAACAGUUUUAGGCAAUGGGUGGAAAUAAUUGCAUUUUUGUAGUAUACGAUACUCGACUUUAUUGUUCAUAUAUAAAAUAAAUAAAUAAAUAAAUCAUAUAAGGUACCAUGUCGA